CUAUAGCCGCAGGACUUUCAUAUAAAUAAGAACCAGACGAGAAGCGGUUAGACAUUUUAAUAGCCAGUGCUGGGAAGUACCUUUGCUAGAUCUGUUGUUGUUUUGAGUGAUUAUAAAUAAUUACAACAUGUUUGAAAAGUUGUUCCUUUCUGUGGUCAUGCUUCAUUUUUCAACGGCCACAUGGUUACCAGUUCUUAAUAGUCCAAAUAACUGGCCAGAUAGAUUUACUCCUCAAAGAUAUACUGACGGUCGCCGUCUACGCCAAGCUCCAAACGGAUUCGAUCUAGGAUUUAACCAAGGUUUUAACCCUGGUUUCAAUCCAAAUCAAGGUGGAUUCGGUAACGGUUUCAAUCAGAAUCAGGGUUUUAAUAAUGGUUUUAACCAAAAUCCAGGUUUUAAUCAAAACCAAGGUGGAUUUGGAAAUGGAUUUAAUCCAAAUCAAGGAGGAUUUCCACAAAAUCAAGGAGGUUUCAACCAAAAUCAAGGUGGAUUUAACCAAAAUCAAUUAGGGUUUAACCCCAACCAAGGUGGUCAGAACCCAGGAUUCAAUCAGGGUGGUUUUAAUUUUCCAAAUCAGCCUACCACGCAGAGACCGGCGGUUACAACACAGAGCACAGGCACAACCACAGUAGCAAUUCCUGGUAUGGGAACAACCCAAACACCUUGUGAAAAUAACUGUCUGACAACAUCUCAAUAUAAUCCCAUAUGUGGAGACAACAUGGUCACUUAUAUGAAUCCAGCCCGUCUGAGAUGUGCUCAAAACUGUGGCGUUGCUGUAAACUUUUUAAGAGCUGGUGCCUGUCCAAGAGCUGGAUAAAUACAGAAGGUUUAUUCGAUUGACUGCCGUAUACCUAUCUGCAUACUCAGUUUUUUAUAUUAUAAUUUAUUUGUCCUUAUCCAUAGGAUUUAGAUGUGUACGCUAAGACUGAUAUCAAAACAAGUUUUAUAUUAUAAUUAUUACUCAUAAUUUUGUCGUAUUAGAAUUUUCAAUUUAUUAAUUUAUGUAAUUAACUAAAGGUAGGUAUUAAUGUAAUAGAAUGUACAAAAAUAAAUAUAAUUGUGAUUCAA